GAUGAUGCUGUUAGUAUUGAAAGCGGUACUAACACCGAACGCCCUGAUACGCCAACAAACACUCCUAACGCACCAGGAAGAAAAAGCUGGGGGAAAGGAAAAUGGAAGUCGAAGAAGUGCAAAUAUUCCUUCAAAUGUGUAAACAGCCUAAAGGAGGACCAUGGUCAGCCGUUGUUUGGAGUCCAGUUUAACUGGCACAGUAAAGAAGGUGAUCCUCUCGUUUUUGCCACUGUGGGCAGCAACCGAGUUACUUUAUAUGAAUGUCAUUCUCAAGGUGAAAUCCGUCUGUUGCAGUCCUAUGUGGAUGCUGAUGCAGAUGAAAACUUCUAUACCUGUGCGUGGACAUAUGAUAGCAAUACAAGCCAUCCUCUUCUGGCUGUGGCUGGGUCCAGGGGUAUUAUUAGGAUAAUUAAUCCUAUUACAAUGCAGUGCAUAAAGCACUACGUGGGCCAUGGAAAUGCAAUCAAUGAACUGAAAUUCCAUCCAAGAGAUCCAAAUCUCCUUUUAUCUGUAAGCAAAGAUCAUGCAUUGAGACUGUGGAACAUCCAGACAGACACGCUGGUUGCAAUAUUUGGAGGAGUAGAAGGGCACAGGGAUGAGGUGUUAAGUGCAGAUUAUGAUCUUCUUGGUGAAAAAAUCAUGUCCUGUGGGAUGGAUCACUCUCUAAAACUCUGGAGAAUUAAUUCCAAAAGAAUGAUAAAUGCCAUCAAAGAGUCUUAUGAGUACAACCCAAAUAAAACCAACAGGCCUUUUAUUUCCCAGAAAAUUCACUUUCCUGACUUUUCUACGAGAGACAUACAUAGAAACUAUGUUGACUGUGUACGAUGGUUGGGAGAUCUAAUUCUUUCCAAGUCUUGUGAAAACGCCAUUGUGUGCUGGAAACCUGGCAAAAUGGAAGAUGAUAUAGAUAAAAUCAAACCCAGUGAGUCAAAUGUGACCAUACUUGGGAGAUUUGAUUACAGCCAGUGUGAUAUAUGGUACAUGAGGUUUUCAAUGGAUUUCUGGCAAAAGAUGCUUGCUCUGGGCAAUCAGGUUGGCAAACUUUAUGUUUGGGAUUUAGAAAUAGAGGAUCCUCAUAAAGCCAAGUGUACGACUCUUACUCAUCCUAAAUGUGUUGCUGCCAUUCGACAAACCAGUUUUAGCAGGGAUAGUAGUAUCCUUAUAGCUGUGUGUGAUGAUGCCAGUAUCUGGCGCUGGGACAGACUACGAUAAAUUACUUUUUUCUUAAUUCAAAGUAGAAAAUAUAUUUUCAAAUUAUAAUACAGUCUGUUAACUCGCUAGUAUGGUAGAUGCAUUUAGUGUAGAUUUUCUCAAAGGUUUGGCAGGCUGGAGCUGAACUUAGUGAUGUUUACAUUCUGUGUAUUGUUCUGCUUGAAAUUGCUGCUUUUAAUAAAAAGAAGUAUUUUUGUAAAGUU